CGGAGUACUUAUAAAAGUGUCUGCAGUAAUCAAUGCCAAACCAAAUGGGACGAAAUCUGAAAUCGAUUGUUUUCGCUCGGCGUUUGUAUUCAGCGGCAUCAAACAGUGGCUCCGGUUAGGCUUUCCUCCACAGUGCCUAACGUUACCAGUGUAGCUUUCAUCAUCGUAUGCUAUUCUGUGAUGUUUCAGAGAGCGGAUAAAAAGUACUCUGGUUGCUAUGACAACAUGUAAAAAUUAGUUAGGAGAGGCAACAUCAAGGUCGUCCUAGAGAUUGUGUCAUGGCCACUCUCCAGAAUGUCUUCAUCUUCAUCCUUUGUGUAGCCAAAACCUUUCAGGAAAGAAGAGUGCCAUCUCCUCCAAGCAUCACUGCCGGUCCAAAGCCUUACCCCAAGAGCAGCUGGAACCCAGAGCUGGGGGACAGAGUCUAUGUUUACAUAGCUAAAGAGAAGAACACACGAUUACAAUGUGUCGCAAGCGGGAAUACGCCACAGCUAAGAUAUGACUGGUUAAAAGAUGGAAAACUAAUAGACUUCACGUCGAAUGAGGUGAAAUACCCCAACAACACCCUGAGGAUUUACAAGGAGCAGGGUCUGGGGACGCUGAACAUCCACCGUGUACAGGAGAGUGACUACGGUACGUACCAGUGUCGGGCCAGCAGUGACCGCGAGGACUCCCAGGCCGUGUCCCUUAGUAAGAAGGUGGAGCUGAUCGAGGCGAUCAUCUCGCCCUUCCAGGACAGCAGCGAUGUGGACUCCAAAAAGGUGCCCCAGGGGCAGUACCUAAUGCUGACCUGCGACCCACCCUUUUCUAACCCAAAGGCCACGCUGAGCUGGACCUUAGACGAUACAUUGAGGGAGAUGGACUUUAAUGAACGAAUUGUCAUGGAUUAUGAAGGCAACUUACACUUUGCCAACGUGGCCAGUGAAGAUGGCGGGGACAAGAUGUACUCCUGUUUUGCUGCCCUUCACUUCAUUGGAUUCUACACUAAAGGUCGCACUACAGAAUUGAAAGUUUAUGGAGACAAGGCUGCGUUUCAACCAGCCAAGAUUCGGUGGACGUCGGAGAAAAAGGUGGUGGGGGUAGAGGGAGAAUCAGUCAAAUUCAUGUGCAUAUUUAGUGGAUACCCCACACCCACGAUCUCCUGGAGGCGAGUGGGCCGGGCCUCCGAGGAGAGCAGCGGAUAUGAACUGGUGAUCUCCGCUGUGAAGCCCAGCAAUAAGGGAGAGUAUGUCUGCUCGGGAACGAACAGCGUGACAGGGAAUCCGCAGGAGGUCAAGUUCAUGCUCGAUGUACAAGCCAAGCCUACGUGGGUCAGUCCCCCGUUAGACACCAGGGUGAGCGUUGGGGAGUCGGGCACCGUGAACUGUACGGCCGUGGGAAACCCCACCCCCACGGUGGAGUGGUAUAUAGACGGCAAACCGUUCAAAGCUAUACCUGGGAAGCGCUACAUUCAGAAUAAUGUACUACACAUAGAUAACUUGAAUAAGAAAGAGUCAACAGUGGUUCAGUGCAACGCCACAAAUUCCCAUGGAUCACUGUUCAGCGACGUCUACAUUAAUGUGUUAGCAUUGCCCCCAGAGAUCACCAACUGGACCAAAUCACUGAAGGUGGCGGCGGGGAGGAGUGCUGUCCUAAGCUGUGAACACAACGGCUACCCCACCCCCACCCUUGAAUGGAUGAGGGGCCCCCAACUAUUAAACGGAGACCGAUACAAUUUCACCCAGACUUCAAUAACCAUCCUGAAUGUUAGUAAGAACGAUGAAGGAGUAUUUAUAUGUAUCUCUAAAAACAACCAGGGUAGAGAGCAGAAAGAAAAUAUGUUGAUAGUGAGAGACAAAACUAGUAUUAAGGACCUGACCGGUAUAACAGAGACAGAGGAGGGCAAGACUUCCAUUGAAGUGGACAGCGAGGAGGACGUCAAGUUUACGUGCAUCGCCAUGACGGACCCUCGGGAGACGGUCAGAUAUGUCUGGAAGAAAAACGGGAAAGUCAUCAAGGACUUAAGUGACCCCCACGUCAGGUGCGAAGAAGGCUGCUCUGUUUUGCGUGUACAGGAGGCUGACGCCACACAAUCGGGGAACUACACUUGUGUGGCCAAUAAUGGAAUCGACGAGGACCAGCGAACCAUAGAGCUACGGGUAAAAGCUGCCCCUGACCCACCAGACAAUGCGCAGCUGACCAGCUGUGGGGACUGGAAGCUGGGUUUAAGAUGGAACGCGGGGUUCCACAACUAUAUGCCCAUCAUCAACUACACCAUAGAAUACAGCACCUCCUUUGACUGGGACAAGUGGACCACCCUGUAUCAGACGUCUGACAGCAAUACCCAGGUCAGCGAUGUAUCCCUGUCUGCCGGGGUCAUCUACAAGUUCAGGAUCAAGGCCCUGAACCAGAAGGGCUACAGCGAGCCCUCGGAGCCGACCAAUACCUGUAAGACCGACCCCAAGAGACCGGCCAGACACCCCACAGGUGUUAGGGUUAAGGACCACAAGAAGGACGGCUUCUUGUACGUGGAGUGGGAGGCAAUAAGUCCAAUGGAGCACAAUGGCGAAGACUUUAAAUAUAAACUAAGUGUUAGAAAUAUAGCAGAUGAUGAUACAAAGCCUUACAUCGUUGCUGGAGACAAAACCUCCAAGGAAAUUGAGACAAAGGACACAUAUCAGAAGUAUGGUGUGAGGGUGGCUGCCGAGAAUUCUGUUGGUGCCGCCCGAGGAAUCCCUCAGGAGGUCUUUGGCUAUUCAGGAAUGGGGGUGCCAACUAUAAAGCCUAAAAAUUUUGAACUGGAUAAAAAAUCCCCGUUUACUGCAGAGACAGCUACGUUUGUGUGGGAUUCCAUUCCAGAUGAUUCUCCAGACCUGAAGGGAAAGUUUGAUGGCUAUGUUAUUCGUUACUGGAGAAGGGACAAUCCUGGGACCAUCAAGAGGAUUGAAAUCCCGCCACGAGUGCUGCCCGCCGCCACCAGUACCGGAGAGGAGGACAGCGGUAAGAUCAGAGAAACCAUCAACAAUCUCCCCGCCUACUCCCAGCUCCAGCUCGAUGUGCUGGUCAAGAACGUGAUGUUCGAGUCGGAACCCAGUAAUCCCAUCGACCUAAACACUCCAGAAGGAGUUCCAUCAGAAGUCCAGAAACUGAAAGCUGAAAAAAGGGGAGAGAACUUCAUAGAUAUAGGAUGGUACCUGCCCAAAAGGAUCAAUGGAGAUCUCCAGCAAUUUGUAGUGACUUAUCAAGAGGUCUUUGGUGGGAGGCUUUCACAGGAAAUCGAAGACACCAUAGAUGCUAAUUAUAGCAUCUCGCCUACGGACAUGAUAGAGCACAGAAUCGUGGGAUUGGAACCAAACACAAUGUACAGAGUGGUGGUGUAUGCGACCACCAGGAUAGGGCCGGGGGACCAGGCGGCCCUGGACGUCAUGACCGCAGACAAAGCACCUCUUAAACCUCCCAUUGUAACAGUCCUAUCCCUACCAGAAAAAAAUGGCUUCAAUAUAUCCUGGAUUUCAGACAGUCCUUCCAAUGAGGUCAAUUUAAAAAGACCAGGUGAACAGUUCAAAGUGGUGGAGCGUAUGAACAGCUCCAGGAACUGGAUGCUGCUGACGGACGGGUUAACGGUUGGCCGGACGUACGUGUUCACGGUCACUGCGGUGGACGGACUCCGCAGGGUCACCAGUGAAGAGAUCAAGGUCCCAUUUGAAAACACUGCCUCCAACCGUGUAGAGGAUGAGGUCUUCAAGGCGACCUGGUUCAUCAUUGUGAUGGUGGCCAUCGCCAUCCUCAUACUGGUCAUCAUCAUCGUCUGUCUGCUGCUGAAGAGGAACAGGGGAGACAAAUAUAACGUACAAGAGAGAGAAAAUCUACACGGGAUUAAAAACAAUGAUAUGAAGAAACCCUUGGCUAAGGGCGACUUUGAUGAUAAUUCAGAGAAGUGGCCUUUAGCGGGAAACACCUACGAUGAAAUGGAGAAGGGGCCACAGGGGAGUGAGAAGGACAGCCUGGAGGAGUACGGGGACGUUGACCCCACCAAGUUCAACGAGGACGGCUCCUUCAUUGGUCAGUACGGGAACCAGCAGGCCACCACUCCCUCUGAAGCCACCGCUCCCUCCUCUGUUAUGCAUGACUUGAUAUGACCAGUAUAUCUAUAUGUUAUACAAUAAACUGUGUCGCUUUCUCUAUCCGUAUACAUAUAUAAAGCCAUGUUAAUAUUGGGUCACUGCCUUUCUCAUUGGUCGUAAGUGGAUGUUUUAUAUGCCUUAUUUGAGCUCGAUGUGUGUGGCUGUUUUGUAUGUUGACCACCUCUAUGGGGGUGUAAAAGUUCAUCUUUGUCUGUGAAAAUCAUUGAUCCAUGACAUUCUGAUGAAGAUGCCCUCUUUCCAUGAAAUUUUAGAGUGAAUUUCAUGGAAAUAGUUCUAUUGUAUUAAUGUGAACCUUUUUCCACUGUGAGCUGUAUUUACAGUGUGUAUGCUUAUUCCAAAAACAUAUUUAUUUGCUUUAUAUUAUAUUUAUGAUGUUGAAAUUCCAAAGUUUGGAUUACGGUAUGUACAAAUAUCAUACUUUUAUAAUGUUGUGAGUUAGCUGUAUACCAAAUAAGUAUGCAGUUUUUUUUCUUUUGACUGUUUUAAAUAACUGAUUAAGAGAUUAAUUCAUCAUAGUUAGUUAUUAUUUCCUUUUUUCUCUGUUUUUGUUUUGAUAGUCUUUUAAAAGAUCCAAAUCUAAGAUUUGUUAACAUCUUGCAGAAGAAUUGUAUAAUUAUGUUUUAUCUAUAAUACACUGUAUACACUCUGUGAGUCUAUGUACUGUAUAAUAAUUAAGUAAUACAUGUACAUUUAAUCUCCGAGUUUAUUGCAGUCAAAGUAAAACAGUUCUCUACCUAAGACUUACAUAUACCAAACUCUAACCAUUAGUUUUACAGUUUGACUUGUAGAUCAAUACCCAACCCCCACCCCCCACCCCCCAUUUUCAGGGGAAGAACUCUAAUCAUUUACAUUCUUGUUUAUCAAUUGCUAAAUGAAGCUGAUCAUUUUGUAUAACAUUAGGGGAGGGAUUUGUGAUGGAGACACUUUUGCUAACUUCCAGGAAUAAGUGUUCUGAGAGUUUGUAAUUUGUGAAAGUCUUGUGAAAUCAAAUUGAUUUUAGCUUUGUUCUGACACAUUUUCUGCAAAGAUUCGAUGCUUUAUUGCAUAUUAAGUGCAUUGAUUAUUUACUCACUAUCAGAUCAUUGCUUUACAAUACAUUCAUGGGCUGCAACAAUUCUUUUGUAGCUUGCAUUUACCAGUAAUGUUGAAAUCCCUCUCAAAUAGUUUUCUAGUCAUGCUUUAGAAAGAUGUAGGUACAUGUAUUAAUGCAAAAUUACUGAAAAAAAAUUGUUGCCAUGCAAAAUAAAGACCUUGGUGAUCUGUUGGGUUUGUUUUAGGAUAUGAUUUUAGUUUAGUUUUUUAUCCAAGCAGACAGCUUCAUUUAAUUUACUGUGCAUUGCAAGAAACUUAUGAUGAAUCCUUCCUGGGGUUGAUUUAAAUACCAUAAUUGCAAUUAAGGUUUCUUUUGUUUCUGUAAUGAUUAAAAUUAUUCAUCUUUGUCCAUAUUCAGAUGAUCUGCAUUGAUGAUCUGAAGUGACUGUUGCGUUGUACUGAAUAAGCUUGUUCAUUUAGAAGAUAUUCAUGUAUGAUAUGUGCUCAAUCAUCAGGUUCAUUAUGUCAUCCGUUGUGCUGUUCAUGUCUGUGAUGUACUCAAUUAUCUUGUUCGUGCACAGGAUGUUCAUGUUCAUGAUGUUCAUAAUGGUCAUGUUCAUGAACAUGGUGUUUUCCAUCAUCAUGUUCAUGUAAACUACCAGUAUAUUCUCUUAAGGAUGCCCUUAGUCAUCUUGUUCAUGACCUUGAUGUUCUCCAAUAUCAUGUUCCUGAUGCUCUCAAUCAUGAUGUUCAUGAAUCAUGAUGUUCUCAAUAUUCAUGAACAUGAUGUUUUCCAUCAUCCUGUUCACGUACAGGCGCUGCUGUCUCUGGCAAUAAUAACCUACUGGUAGUUCUGAUGUAUGGGUACCCACUGACCUCUAGUAUUGACUUAUUGAAUGUUGCAUGUAGAGACCUCACUCUGUGAACACUUCGAUCUGACCUGUAUUAAUUAAUGCUGUAUAUAGAUAUGUACACUGUAUUAUGAGAGAUAUUGAGAACAGGCCUGGGAAUACUAUAUAGUAUCUCAUAUAUCAUUAGUCUGUCCAGACCUCAGUACGUUUGUCUGCAAUUCUAAGUUCCAUCUUAGCUAUGUUAUACAAGUCUACUGUUGGGUUUUUUUUUUCUAGAUCGAUUCCUAAAAAAGAAGGAUAAUUUCUAGUUUCAAUAAUGAAAUAUUUCUUUAGGUUUCCCAGGCCUGGUAUAUAGAUGAUACAAAUUAAAGUCUAAUCCUUGAUCCAAAGGUAAUACAUGUACUUUUUAAACUGAAAUCUACGUCAGUAUAAUCAGAAAAUCCACUGUCGAGUUGUUGUUAUAAACAUGUUCCACUGUAGUUAAAACCUCCACAAUAUGAUGUAUUCUAGUUACCUUGUACAUGUAGAUCUGCUUUUGUUAUCACAUGGAUUUCUAGUUUCACUUUGUUAUCUGUGUCAUUUGUUGAGUUUCUAUAAAAACAGAUUAACUACUUGAAUUUGUAUCCUGUAUAUUGUGUUCCCAUCAUCAUGAUCAACCCUUGUUUCUAUAGUAACGCAACUACUUAUCAAAAUAACCCGCUUUUGAAGUUUGUCUUGUGAUUACAAAAGUAGUAUGAUGUGUUUUUAUUGUCAGCUGGGUCUCUUUAAGCUAAAACAAUCAUAAAGUUCUAGGAACCUGAAAAUUUUUAUAAAUUCCAAUCCAGUUGCCUGGAAAAUGAUAUUGAAUGACAUGUAAUAGACAGAAAAUUGUAAUUUUGUGAAAGGGUUUUAUAAAGGCUAUGCCUGUUGCCCAUUCCAUUUGAUGUAUCAAAAAUAAUAUGUUUAAAUUAGAUGGAUUGUAAUUUAAACCUAGUUCAUUUGGUGUCAAAUGUUAGCGUUUUUAGAAGUUGGGUGCUAUAUUUUUUUUAUUUUUGCAUUGUAUCAAGUCCUUAACGUGUUAAUGUGGUAAGCUGUUCUUUGAGCUAUGACACAUAUACAUGUACCAGCUGUCUUCAUACCUCAUCAUUCCCAUACACAGAUUUGGCCUGGGCCACUAUUUGACAUUUUGACCUUGGAUCAUCUCUGUGGUGUAAAUAUGAAUUUUUUUAUUAUUAUUAUUAAGAUAUUGUUAUUUAUUUUCUGUAUUGUUUUAAUGUGCAAUUUUUGUUCUAUACAUAUAAAUAAUAUGUAUGUCGGGAGAUAUAUAUUAAAAAAAUUCUAAUAAAAAUUUUCAACAACCAA